AUGGACUUGCCAGACCACACCUUACUCUCAUUAAUGUUACUUGCCUAUUGCUUCUACUCUUCCGGUAUGGUCAUACCUUACUUCCUUUCUUUCUUUCGUUCGUUCUUUCUUUCGUAUUUUCUUUCUUUCGCAUUUUCUUUCUUUCUUUCUUUCUUUCUUUCUUUCUUUCUUUCUUUCUUUCUUUCUCUCUUUCUUUUUUCUUUCGCUCUUUUUUCUUUUCUAAUACGUAUUUUUUUUUUUAAAUUCUUUCGUUUAUCUCUGCAUUUUACUACCGUCUUCAACAUUUCUAAACAUUUUUCAUUUACUUUCGAUUUCGUUUGCUGUUUCGUUAAUUCCUUAUACACUUAUUUUCUGGGGUUCUUUGUUUCUUUCUUCUUUCUUUCUUUCAUGUUUUCUUCACUUUCUCUUUCUUUCAUUCAAACAUCUCAAAUAUUUUAUUAUGAUUAUUUCUUAAUUAUCUUUCUUUUUUCUUUAUUUCUUUCCCCCUUUCUUUCUUUCUUUCUUUCUCUAUAUUUUUAUUUCUUUCAUUCUUUGCUUUUUAUUCAUAUAUUUCCUUCUUUUAUAAUUGCAUAUUGCAUUGCUCUAAUGCUUAUUGUUAAUUGUCUAUCUUUCUUCAUUCCUAUCAUACUUUCUUUCUUUCUUCCUAGCUUUUUCUUUCUUUCUUUCUUUCUUUUUAUCUUUUUCUUUCUUUCUUUCUUUCUUUCUUUCUUUCUUUCUUUCUUUCUUUCUUCUUGA